AUGCCGCAAACCACUUCCACGACUUCCACCACCACCAACGGAGAAGGAAGUAGGAGGAGGAGAACAAGUCCUCUCAAAUCCAUUCUCAAAAUUCCAUUAUUUAUUUUGGUAAUAGCCAUGUUAUUGAGAGUGUACUUCAAGUUGGAAAGAACAAGAGAAAAAAUUGAUACACCCAUCACGAGGACAUUAAUUUAUAAUGCAACCAUUGUGAAUGAGAAUCAACAAUUUUUAGGACAUGUUCUCAUUGAAGGAGAAAAUAUUAAGAAAAUAUAUAAAAAGAAGAUGAAUUUAACUAAAUUUCAACAAGACUCUUCGACAAGAAUUAUUGAUGCCACUGGAUUAUACUUGCUGCCAGGUGUCAUUGAUGACCAAGUGCAUUUCCGAGAACCAGGACUAACACACAAAGCCACUAUUUAUUCAGAAUCCAAGGCUGCAGUAGCUGGAGGAGUGACCUCUUUUAUUGAACAACCAAAUACAAACCCACAAACCACAACUCAAGAGUUACUUGAACAGAAAUUUAACAUUGCACGAAACACUUCUCUUGCAAAUUUUUCCUUCAUGUUGGGAGGUACAUUAACCAACUUGCAAGAAAUAUUGAAAACAAAUGGAAGAAAUGUGGCAGGAAUUAAGUUGUUUUUAGGAAGUUCAACAGGAAAUAUGUUAGUGGAUGAUCCAAAGGUUUUAGAUGAAAUUUUCUCGAAAACAAAAGUACUUAUUGCUGCACACUGUGAAGAUGAAAAAACGAUUCGUGAAAAUUCUAAAAUUUAUAGAGAGAAAUAUGGAGAAGAUGUACCAAUUCGAUGUCAUCCAGAAAUUCGAAGUGGUGACGCAUGUUUCUUGUCUUCUUCAUUUGCAGUGAAUUUGGCUAAAAAGCAUAACACUCGAUUGCAUAUUUUCCAUAUUUCUACUGAGAGAGAAACACAUCUAUUUGACAAUAAGACACCUCUAAAAGAAAAGAGAAUUACAUCCGAGGUGUGUAUUCAUCACUUGUGGUUUAGUGACAAAGAUUAUGAAACGAAAGGCGCAUUUAUCAAAUGGAAUCCAGCCGUUAAAACUGAAGCUGACAGAGAAGGUUUAUGGAAGGCAUUACUCGAUGACAGAUUGGAUGUCAUCGCCACUGACCAUGCUCCUCACACCAUUGAAGAAAAGACCAGCAGUUAUUUUAAGGCAGCGUCUGGAGGUCCUUUAGUACAGCAUUCGCUAGUUGCCAUGUUACAAUUUUAUCAUCAAGGAAAAAUUAGCUUGGAGAAAAUUGUCGAGAAAAUGUGUCACAAUCCAGCAAUUGUAUUUCAGAUUGAAAAAAGAGGUUAUAUUCGAGAGAAUUACAAAGCGGAUUUAGUAUUGGUGAAUUUAAAUAAGCCUUGGACCGUUGACAAAUCAAAUAUUUUGUACAAGUGUGGUUGGAGUCCUUUCGAAGGAGUCGAAUUCAAAUCCAAGGUUGAAAAGACCUUUGUGAAUGGUGUCUUAGUGUUCGAUAAUGGAGUUUUUGAUGAAUCAAUCAAAGGCCAAAGGCUGUUAUUCGAACGAGAAGGCCUCGAGUAA